ACCUAGAGUAGUAAGUCAGAUCGAUAUCAAAACCCUCCGAGCGAUGAUCUCCCGCGUCCCAUCUCCGGAAUUCUUGCCCCUUUCUAUCGGCGAAGACUUGACUCCUCUCCCGGUCUACAAGGCCGCAUCAACCACGUCCAUAGACUUUGACGGGCUGCUCACAGCACCACUACAGCUCCAUGAAGACCUGAAAGGCGGAUGUGGGGGCCAACUAUGGCCGGCGGGGAUGGUACUCUCAAAAUACAUGCUGAGGGAACAUAAACAUGAUUUGAAAUAUGCUACAAUACUCGAACUUGGAGCCGGAGGGGGACUCGUUGGACUCGCCGUCGCAUUAGCUUGCAAUAUUACGGCACCGAUAUACAUUACAGAUCAAAUUAAUAUGUUGCCGUUGAUGGAGCAGAAUGUCAAGCUCAACAACCUCGAGUCACGUGUUACCCCUUUAGUGCUGAAUUGGGGCGAGCCUCUGCCAGAAGUCCUAUCUUCGAAACCUGCGACGCAUAUUCUUGCGGCUGACUGCGUCUAUUUCGAGCCGGCCUUUCCUCUCCUCCUCCUCACUCUCACCCAGCUUCUCACUGCUUGCGACCAGGCAGUGAUCUACUUCUGCUUCAAGAAAAGGCGGCGGGCCGAUGCGCAGUUUAUGAAGGCCGCGAGAAAAAUAUUUUUAAUUGAGGAGAUCGAGGAUAAGGAUAAGGAGGUGUGGACCAGAGAGCAGCUGUUCAUGUAUACGUUCAGGAGCAAGAUUCCGAAACCUAACGGCCACAAAGCGAAGUAGAUAGAAGCUACAGCAUUAAUAUAUCACGUAAGGCACCUGGC